CACAAACAAGCGGCUGUCUCAAAUGAAAAGUUAUGCUUUUUAAAAUUCAUUCAUAGAAUCUCUGCUCUAGUUCUAGAUUUUUCUAGAUUCUCUUUGUAAUCUAAAAAUCAAGAAUAUUAAAAAUGAAACUGACUUGUUGCCCAAGUUGUAAAGAAAAUUUUACACUUUUAAACAUAUCGUUGAACAAAGUACAAUCUAGGCAACCUCUUAUUUUGAGAUGCGGACAUACAUUUUGUGAAGUAUGUCUUGCACACAGGACCAAAAAGACAGAAACAGUUGUCCCUACAGAAUCACUGCAAGAACACACAUCACCAUUUCAUGUGGCUUGUUCAACCUGCCAGCAUGUCACCUCCUUAGAGAAUGGUAUAAAAGACCUACCAGUGAAUGUUUACCUCACUGCAUAUAUUGGAAUCAGUCAGAGAGCUAAACUAGACCAUCAGCUUGGCACUUUUACCCCUUCUGUUUUGCUUCAAAAGACACUAGAUGCUGUUGAAGAUAAUAAUGCUAAUAAUAAAGUUACAGAAAAAUGUAACAUGUGUCAUGUAAAAGAUAGUACUUGUAAAUGUAUUGAAUGUGAAAGUGUUCUUUGUUUUUCAUGUUUUGAUAAAGUUCACAAAAUAUCUGCAUCCAUCAAACAGCAUAAACCAGUCCCACUAAAAGCUAAUGUUUCUAGUAAAAUUGUUUUUGAAUCCACCUGUGGUGAACAUAACCGUCCGAUUGAAUACUAUUGUGAGGAAGAUUCGUCUGCAAUAUGCUCACGUUGCUAUAUUCUUGGUAGUCACAAAAACCAUCCCAUUGUUUCUUUUGAAGAAAAGAAUAAACAGUUAUUACCAGAUAUUGAAAAUGAACUGCCCAAUGCAUCUUUGGUUUUGAACAACUUAAGGAAGGUUGACAAAAAAAUAUCAUCAGCUUUUCCAAAUGUUAAAGCUGAAGCAAAGUCUAUCAUUGAUCAUAUAAAUCAAAGUUUUUUAACAUUGCAUUCUAUGCUACAGAUUCGAGAAAUGGAACUACUUGAUUCUCUUAGUAACAUGUUCAAAGAAAGUUGUGUUGAGCUGAAAAACCAAAAGCAGUUUUUUAAGCAACAACGUUUAAAUCUAGAUGAAGCUAUAUCAGAUGCAAAAAAGUUGAUUGACAACAGUGCAUUAGUAAUAGAUGGGAAUUCUUUGUUGGAUGCACUUAAAGGUGCUAGAUCUAUUCCUUGUAUUGUUGUGAAGAAAGAUGUAUCAUCCUGUGAAAAUAUUAAUUGGGAAGAAAAUAACAUUAAGGAAUUGAUUAAAGCUGUUAACUCUUUUGGGAGGAUUUCUGGAAAAGUACAACAAAAAAUUGAUUUCAAGACAAUUGAAGAAGCACCUGAAGAAGUUGAAGAGGAUGACAGAGCAAGCAUUUCAUCUUUUGGCUCAUCAUUGGUUAGUGACAUUGAACACGGAUCUGCAGAUGUGUUUGAUGAAUUCAUGGAGAAAAGGGAAAUUCAAGAUACAGACCCUAUUGAGCUACAAAAAACUGAGUUUCUUCAUGAAGAACUUGUUAAGCCUGUUGUUAAAGGGCCGCUUCAUCAUUCAAUAGUAACUCACAUACGCUCCCCAAAUGAUUUCUAUGUACAGUUGACCAAUAAUAAAAAUAAACUUGAUACUUUGUCUCACAAUAUAAACACAUGGUGCCGUAAAAAUGCAUCCCUCAAGCAUGCACCAAUAAUACUUGAAAAACAUAUGAAUGUACUUGCUCGCUACUCAGUGGACAAGCUCUGGUAUAGAGCAAAGGUUCUGAAUGUUGAAGUACCAGCAGACCAGACAAAACAAGAAGGUUUCAAAAUUCGUGUCAUGUACAUAGACUUUGGCAAUGAAGAAAAUGUUACCUCGAAAGAUUUAAGGCUGAUGGAGAAGAGAUUUUUAAAGUAUCCUCCUUUUGCAAUACGUUGCUCUUUAUAUGACUUUGCCCCUUAUGAGGAGGACACUUUAUGGUCAGUUAAAGCUAUUCAAGAGUUCCAUCAGAUGACUCAAAAUAAGGCUUUUCUGCUCUCAGCCCUGAACAGACAAGAUGAGAUUUAUGAAGUUGAUCUUAUCGUCUUACCAGCGGAAAAUGUUACUGAUGAUGGUUUUAUUUCUUUAAGAGAUAUUAUGGUCUUCUUAGAGCUUGGACGUUUCAGGACUUUCAGUGAUGCUGCUGGAAAAGUUCCAUCACCACCAGCAUAUCCAAAAAUUAAGUAUAUUAAGCCAACAUCUUUAAUGAGUGGGAAAAUUGUUGAUGUCACAGUAACUUGCGUCAAUUCACCUUUGGACUUUUACUUAGUGCGUGAUGGUGUGGAGAAAGAUUACUAUCAGAUAAUGUUUGAAAAAAUGCAGGAAACUUAUAGUAAAGAUGCCACCAACUUAUAUUCUCUUUUCUACCCCCGACCUGGUAUGGUCUGUGCUGUUAAAGAUGAAAACAGUAAAUGGUACAGAGGAGAGGUCCUUGCUCCAUCAGAGCAUAGACAGGUAAAAGUAAAAUUUGUUGAUGUUGGAGCAGUUGAAAUAGUUCAAUAUGAGCAGCUGAAGAAGUUACACUCAGAAUUUUUUAAGCUACCAAUACAGGCUGUUUGUUGUAAGUUGGCAGAUGUUUGCCCUGUUGGUGGGCUAGAUGCUGCCUGGUCAGAUGAAGCAGAAAUUUGGUUUCAAAAUGUCUUGUCUGGAACAAGAGGAUGUGUUAAAGUUGUAAGGUGGGCUGAAGUCACAGAAAUGGUUCUGUGGUUAGGGAACAAAAGUAGCAUUAAGAGUUUACAAUCUGUCAACUGCAAACUGGUGGAAAUGGGUUUGGCUCAGAGCACAGGCUUGGCAUCAGUGAGUGCAGUCCAAGAAUCUUAUGCUAUAGGCUUGGAUGAACGUGACUCAGGUGAGACUAAAGCCAGCAGAUGUGAAGGCUCUUAUCCAGAGGCAUCCUCAAAAGCUAAAGUGAUGAGGGUAAGGGGAACCUUCAGUGACAAAGAAGCCUCACAUGUUCAUACUAAAAACAGGAGAGACAGAAAAAAAUCAACAUCUCCAUAUACUUCCCCAAUGCAAGAAAGCACUAGUAACACCAAAUUAUCAGCCAGAAGUGCUGGAAAACAGGACACACAAAAAACAGGCCCAUCAAGGGUAAAACAACAGAGCAAGACUUUGGAUGUAAAUAUUCAAAAGCAAUCAUCAGAAAAAGAGAAAAUUCAGCGAGAUAUUCAACGAGCAAUGAGUGUCAACAGUGAUGAUGAAGGGCAAUCCAUCCAGAAUGCAGUCUACAUAGAGGUGGUUGUUAGUAACUAUAAGAGUCCUUCAGACUUUUUUAUAAGGAUUCAAGAAAAAGAAGAAGAACUCAGUAAACUUAUGGAAGACAUGCAGAAGUUUUACACUAACUCAGUUUCCCCCACAACUCACCAAUGGAAACAAGAAGAAUAUUGUGCUGCUAAAUACUCUGUUGAUGAGCUAUGGUACAGAUGCAACAUAAAAACUAUAGAAAAUGAAAACUGUCAGGUUGACAUGGUAGAUUAUGGCUACAGUGAUCUGGUGAAAUGUUGUGACCUGCGUUGCCUUAAUCGUGAACUUGGGACUCGACUAGAGGUAGCAGCUGUAAGAUGCCACUUGGCAGAUUUAGUUCCUUCAGGAUCUGAUGGGACCAAGUGGCCACAUACUGCCACUGACUUUAUGAUGAGCAUAAUACAAGCCAAGAAGCUGUAUAUUAAGCAAGAAGGUGAACUGAAAGACAACAGUCUCCCAAUAGACAUCAUUUAUGAAGAAGUAAUACCAGAAACUGCCUUUGACCCUGUCAUAAGAACAUACCACUCCUUAAGACAGAGCAUCAUUGAUAAUGGUCUUGCAAUGCCUAUGAAGAGGGGUAGUCAAAUUGCAAGUGCAACAGAAGGUGGCGUGGCUCCGUUCCAUAAGCUGAUAUUUGAGGAAAACAUGAAAGUUUCAAGUGAAGAAACAGAAGCAGUGUUAAUUAAAGAGGCAGUGAAACCAGAGGAAGAUUGUGAUGUACAGCCGGAACCUUUAAAACCCUUAUCUUUUGUUCCUGAUAGUGAGGACAGGUGUAGUGACUUGAUAAAUGUGAUGAGCAUUCCAGCCUCACCAGUUCCAGAAGUUGGUACUAUGUUAAGAGUUGUGCCCACAUUUAUCAGCUCAUCUGGUGCUAUCUGUUCACAACCAGUGACAUGGACAGAAACUAUUGUUGAUCUGGAGAAAAAACUUGUACAAAUUUAUGGUACUUGGGAACCUAAGGUUGAUGAAAAGCCAGUGAAAAAAUGGAAAACUGGAGACACAUGUGUAGCGCCAUUUGAUGAAGACAAGCUGUGGUAUAGAGCUGUAAUAAAAAAUAUUAGCUCCAACAAGGCUGAGGUAUUCUACAUUGAUUUUGGCAAUUCCUCUCUGGUUAAUGUCUGGGACUUGUGUGAGAUACACCCUGACCUCUACAACAUUCCCGUUCUAAGCUAUUGUUUUUAUAUACAUGACCUUGAACCAUUCCCAUCUGUGUGGGAGAGGUCAGCUCUGGAGGACAUACAUAGGCUUGUUAUUCCUUAUGAGUGUGCUGCAACUGUGCGGGCAGUGGAUGAGAACAACUUGAUUAUGGUGGACCUUAUCCGGGUGGCAGAUGGCCUUAACUUGAAAGACUACUUGGUUUCUAAAUGUGUGGCUUUAUGCAAGAAUGAUGACAGACACAUCUACACCCACAGCAGCAUUAUAGGUCAGAUUGUGCUGAACAUCCAAGAGUGUCCCAAGCUAAAGAUGGGCAACCUGCACACAACAUUCAGGGGUUUGAUCACCCAUGUAGAGAGGCCAGAUGUUAUCUACCUGCAGCGCUCAUUGAUGAAUAAGCCUGCUGGGGCUAAAGAUGAAUGGAAUCAAAGGAUAAAAGAGUUUGAAGUACUCAUGGAGAAUCUCAAUUCUUCAAAUUCUGGUGUAUUGGAUAGUUUGCCAAUCCAGGGCACGCUAGUAGAAGGCCAAUACACAGUGGACGAUAGAUGGUACAGAGCUGUGGUAGUCAUGCCAUAUCCAAGCAAUAAUCUUUGUCUUGUUACCUACUUUGAUUUUGGAACAACUGAAAUAUUACCUCUAAAUCGCAUGAGACCUCUGCAUGAUGACAGUAAAAAAUUCCCAAUCAUGGCAUGGAGGUGUCAUCUUGCAAUUCUUCCCCCAAAAAAUCUUGGUGGCAAAUGGACAAAUCAGCUGCAACUAGCUAUAAGUAAUCUGCUCAUGGGAAAAGAAGUUAUUGUUAGAAUGAUCAAGCUAAAGCCACGCACCGUAGAGUUGUUUGAAGAUGACACAGGAGAGGAGGUCCUGAAGAAGAUGUUUCAAGAAGGCUUGGCUCAGCCAGCAGAUCUUCAGAAUGAUGUUGUGUCUGAUAACGAGGAGCUGCUGACAGAAAAGAUGUUUCAAGUUGGUGAUAUUGAAUGUCGUCUAACAGAAGCAGAAGUAGAGGAGAUCGAAAUGCUUGUUUCCAAUCCAACAUUAUUGAAAGAAAAUUUAGCCAAAGUGGGGCAAGAAAAGCCUUUCUGGACAGUAGGGUAUGAAUCACUACUUACGGAAGACCAACGCAAAGAGAUGGUAAAUUUUCUAGCAAGGAAAGUAAUUAGUUCUAAAUUGAAGGAUUCACCUCAAAAGGUUAAAAGUCACCUAAAAACACCUGGUAACUUAGAUAGUCCAAGCUCUGUAAUCAGCUCUGAUGUUACUCCAUCUAGGAAACUAGAAAAGAUGGCAGUAAAGGAAUCAUUAAAUCUAGAAGUUGUUGGGGAUGUAACUGCUAGUGGUGAAGAUGAUGAUGCUUGGACAACAGAAGAGGAAGAGACAGAUGAUGAUGCAACUAACAGCCUAACAAACAGUAGAAAUGAGGGUUCCUCUAACAAUUUGAAGACAACAGAAAACAACAAAGAACCUGUUGGAAAAAGAUUGGUAGAAACCAAUUUGGGACUGUUCACCCCAAAGCAGAUUUUGAAAAGAGAACAGCCUAGUGAUAAGAAUUAUUCUGAAGUUGAUUGAUUGAUGUUUUUUUUUCUAAAGCUUAUUGCUUUAAAAUUUGUUUUUUUUUAAAUUUUCACCAGGUGUAAAUAACAUUUAACUUUCAUCAGUAUUCAAAUUUAUUUCAGAAUAUUUUUUGACAAAACAAUAAUUUAUUAAAAACCAUUGUUAACUAAAGGGAUUAUUGAUCUUUAGAAUUUAAGAUUAAUUAAGCAUUCCUUAAGGUGUUAACUUAUAUUUUUGUUUUUAUUUUGCUUAAAGAUAUUUUUUAUAAUUUGAACAAGCAGCUUUUGUUAAGAGUUUUUUAAAAGUAUUAUUAUUAACUUCAUUUAGAAAAUGUACUUGAUUAUUCCAUAAAAUUUUUGCUAAUUAUUACUUCUGUUACAAUGUUACUGGCCAAGUGAUUCUUUCAAGAACAGGCUCAUGACAUAAUGGAUCCCAUCCACUCAGAUUGUAGUACGUCUUUAUGGUUGGGAGACGUCACAGGAAUUGCCUUCGAGCCCGGUGAUUUUAUGUC